AUGACGGGCCCCUUUCAUACUUAUGGCCCUUCGUGCCUCUUGGCCGACGAAGAGAUAGAUCUGUCGAGCUUGUACUCGCGACCCACACCGCCAGAUACCCGCUCACAGUUCUUCUACAUUUCAUCCCUGCCAAUUGAUGAUCCGUUGGCCCCUCUGCCCCCGUCAACUGGGCAAUCUGCUGGAAAUGAAAAAGCCCCGCCGAAACCAUUCUCUGCUAGAGAUAAUUUUGCCCUCGAGACAGCUUGGCGCGAUCUUGGGAAGGCUUCUCAGGUCAAAGGUGCUACCACCAGCACCUCCCGACCAGACACGUCUCAAGGGCGCUUCGGGAUAGCUGUACCGGGACCAGAGCCAAGUCUCGAGGUGCAAAGACGUCGGAACACCACGAAUCAAGACCCAACAAGCUUGGAUAGUAUCAGGGGCACCCCAACUUCAUUUUCAGAUGAUCAGCCGCCAAAUCUCAAGAGCCGUUCAGGCUACUUAGCUAGUAGCUCCGAUGCGCGAGCGGAGAACUACGCAGAGCGGCAUCGACCAACAUCGUCUAUGGAUGGUAGCUUUAACGAUGGACACAUCAGGACUAGUCUUGCUGAUCGGAGGAGGGAGCGCUCUUCUUCUCUGAACCAAUCACCUUCGGCCAAGAGAAGAAAUUCGGUUGGAGAAGAUGAUCCUCUGGAGGGCCACGAUGAGCUUGGCAGUUUGCGUGCGCAUGCAUCCAGAGAUGCUAGUAUCAGUGGUUCCCCUUUCAUCCGGGCGCCGAUGUCCCAGUCGCACAGCCCGCUCGGCCGCUCAAUGGAGUCCAUGUCAUCAAAAGAUGUGCCACAAGAAGGGCAGCCGGAGCCUCGAAGUCGUCCACCUAGUCGAAUAGCACCAAAAUCCUCGAAUCUGCGAGCGACUGUCAGUUUGGAUGAGUUGACUCAGGAUAGCUCGCGGGAAGAGACCAACCCCGAGGACUCACAAAUCAAAAUUCCAGUUGGUGCUUCGCGUCUUCAUUUGGUCGAAUUACCAAACCUGAGGAUGAAACCUAUCUAUUGGAGUCCUAUACAUGACGUGUCAGGCGUGGUUCGUGCCACCUGGUUCUACAAAAACUCCAUGCUGCCCGUGGAGACAAAGCUUGCAAACAAGCUCGAAGAAGGAUAUGCCUACUUAAAGCCAUGGACCGAUACCUGGCAAGACGAGCUGAACAGCUGCGUGGAAAAUGGUGCCGAGGCAGAGAUGAAGGUGGUUCAUCAUCUAUGGCCUAAGGACGAGCCGGGGUCCGCCAGACCACCGGCAUCAGCACAGGACCCAAAGAGCAAUGAAUUUGUGGUCGGGGGCGCCGACAACAUUUCCAAAGAAAUUGAUGUGAACAAGGCUGCUGGUGGAACGGCGGCUCAGUCGGAGGCUAUUAAGUCUCAUCUUACAUCUGGUGUCAUUUAUGUCGAUGCGAAGAAUGCUCAGAUCUUGCGACCUAGCCUGCUUCCAUCAGCCGCCAGAGGUAGAAAACCGCUCCGUGCAAUUCGCAAAGAUCAACAAAUCGGCAUUCCCGUCGUUCGUGGGUUUAACCGAAAGCUCUGGGACAAGCUGCACCCUUCGAAACCUAAUCCAGUCGAUGUACGACAGUACAUCCGAAGGACUAAGCAAGCCACUCCCGCUCCUGGUGAACAAAUAUGCUACGCAUGCAAAAUGGAAGAAUCACGCUCCAGCCCAACAGACCUGGUACUCGUAAUUCAUGGCAUUGGCCAAAAGCUGUCGGAAAGAAUGGAAAGCUUCCACUUCACGCACGCAAUCAAUGCUUUUCGCCGCCAAGUCAACAUGGAACUAAACAAUGAGCCUGUUUGGCCUCAUGUAGAUCCGGAUCAUGGCGGAAUUAUGGUUUUACCUGUGAAUUGGCGGGCAACACUAUCCUUGGAGGAUGCGACCCUUGAAACGCCGGAUGAAGAGGAUCCAACAGCGAAUCAUUAUUCUCUCAACGACAUCACUCCACAGACGCUUCCCGCUGUGCGAUCUUUGAUCAGUGAUGUCAUGCUCGACAUUCCCUAUUAUCUUUCGCACCACAAGCCAAAAAUGAUCAGGGCGGUGGUGAGAGAGGCUAAUCGCAUCUUCCGACUUUGGUGUAAAAACAAUGCCGGCUUCCAAGACAAUGGUCGUGUGCAUCUCAUCGCGCAUUCCUUGGGGAGUGUGAUGGCUCUCGAUAUUUUGAGUCAGCAGCCGACGCAUGUUCCUCGCUUCAACUUCUCGGAGACACCAUUACACAAUGAUAUGUUCGAAUUCGAUACCCGGCAUCUGUUCCUGUGUGGCAGUCCAGUUGGUUUCUUCUUACUGCUCAAUAAAGCGAGCCUCCUCCCCCGAAAAGGCAGAGACAAGCCAGGAAGUGAGGGUGAUGAUCGUCUCCACGGUGUCGCUGGUGAUGCAGGCAAAUAUGGCUGUCUCGCGGUAGACAAUCUCUACAACAUCAUACACACUACAGAUCCAAUCGCUUACCGCGUCAACGCAGCAGUCGACAACGACCUCGCUAACAGCCUCAAAACAGCUUCGAUCCCCAGCGCCACCUCAACCUUCUGGUCCUCAUUUGGCUCCGUCCUCCGCUGGGGCUCAACAUCUUCCUUCAUUCCAACCCCAACCCCAACUCGCCCUGCGGCUAUGAACAAGCUCCCGUCAACCGUUGAAAUGGAAACCCAUGACUUCACGCACGAAGAGAUUGCCGAGAAGCGCAUGCUUCUGUUGAACGAUAACGGCCAGAUUGAUUACUAUCUUUCUGGUGGUGGGGGUCCGUUGAAUAUCCAGUACUUAAAUAUGUUGAGCGCGCAUAGUAGUUACUGGACGUUGACAGAUUUCGUGCGCUUUUUCGUUGUAGAGGUUGCGCGGAAGCAGGGUAGGGAUGGAACAUUGCUUGCUUUCCGGGCGGAGAAGAAGAAGGGGUGGAAGUAUUCCAAGGGUGAUUUGGAUUUGAAUUUUCUUUUCUUCAUUUCGGGCAUAGGAUUGGUGUAUUGCUUUUGUUUGAGGAUGGGUUUCUAG